AAAAAAAUCAUUAUAAUAAAACAAAAUCGUAAAUUGCGAGAUAAAUCAGAGAAAGAAAGAAAGAAAAAAAUGGAAAAAUCGAAACCUUAUUGUCCAUAUCUCUCAAUUUGGAUUGGCCUCUCUGCAUAUAGCUCUAGCGUUCGCGGGUUUUGCAAUCGAGAUCCCUCUUCCAUCUCCAAAUCGAAGCUUUUUGGCUUUGAAUUGGAUUUUGGGUUUCGGUUUCAAAGCCAGCUCCUUUGUCUUCCUCAGAGAGAAACCAGAGAUGCAGGACCAACUCGUGUGUCAUGGGUGUAGAAAUACAUUGCUAUAUCCUAGAGGAGCUACCAACGUUCGCUGUGCCUUAUGUAACACUAUCAACAUGGUCCCUCCUCAUCCUCAUCCUCCUCCUCCUCAUGCUCAUGCAGGGAUGGACAUGGCUCACAUUGUAUGUGGUGGUUGUCGCACAAUGCUUAUGUACACCCGUGGGGCAAGCAGCGUAAGAUGCUCUUGCUGUCAGACUGUUAACCUUGUCCCUGCAACCCCACCCACCAAUCAGCCUGCGCAUGUCAACUGUGGGAACUGUCGAACAACCCUCAUGUAUCCUUACGGUGCACCCUCUGUUAGAUGUGCUGUUUGCCAGUUCGUUACUAACGUUAAUAUGGGCAAUGGAAGGGUGCCUUUCCCAACUAACCUGCCAAAUGGAACAGCCUCUCCUGAGCCAAUGCCCUCUACAUCCACUCAGUCAACACCACCGUCUCAGACCCAAACCGUCGUCGUAGAAAACCCCAUGUCUGUUAAUGAAAGUGGAAAGUUGGUGAGCAAUGUUGUGGUUGGAGUGACAACAGACAAGAAGAAAUAACCCACAAGAAAAAAAAAUGAUUGCAGUCUCUAUCCCUGCGUCUGGGUUUGUGCAUAUUACAUACGCGGACAAGUGACUGUAUAUGUUAUAUCCUUUUGACUCCUUUUUUUUAACCCCAAGAAAAAAGGCUUCCAGAAUCUCUUGUUUGGUUUUUUUUCUUUCUUUCAAAGUUGAUGAACACAAAGGUUUUUGGUCCUACAAUCUGUCAUUCCUAUUUGGAGACUUUGUAAACUUCAUUGGCCCUUUGUGGCAUUGUUAAUGUAUGUAUUACUAUAAAAA